ACAAGUAAAGUACCGGAAGUAGUGAUACGGAUAAGCCAUGUUUUACGUCACGACAUAAAAUGGAGUAAAGCUGUAUAAUGAAAGCAUGACAACUGCCUUUAUAUGUCACAUAAUUGUCAUACUUAGUGUUUGCCGUCUUAAUUUGGGCGAUGGGAAUACAAGUAGAUUGUCGUGCCCGACUGGUUAUGGCAGGUUUGAACAGCACUGUUUCUAUAUAGGCAAGUUCAACGAAACGCUCGUAGACGCGGAAAUGAGAUGUUUAAAUACUGGAGGAAAUUUGAUUUGGAUAUCUGAUUUGGAAAAAAGUCGUCUGGUCAACAGGUACUUACAAGAAAACAAGAAAAACAUCGCUCAUGCAUUUCUGUAUGGUUGGCUUGGACCGCUUCCACAAAACAUUUCUGAUAUCGCAUGGCAAGGCAGCGAUACUAGAGCAACCGUUAUUAUCAACAAAAUUCAUAAGCCACCGUCCUUUAAUCAUACCAUAGAUGGAAUUAAGGCAAAAGUUACAAUAGCCAGAGGAGGUCCCAAAUUCAAACAACCACGUUUGAAGGCAUUCACAUUCUGUGAAUCAGAACCCAAAAUUUCAAAGAUUGAAAUUGACCACUAUCUUCCAAAAGCGACACAAAAUGAAAUGUUAAACUUAUCUAAACGAACAAAACGAUCGACAAGACGUCAUACGAAAAGACGUAGUUAUAAGAGGAGAAGAACGCCAGCGAGACGAUCUGGUAGAAGAAGGCAAUAUCGAAAGAAAAAGGGACGAACGCCAGCGAGGAGAUCUGGUAGAAGAAGGCAAUAUCGAAAGAAAAAGGGACGAACGCCAGCGAGGAGAUCUGGUAGAAGAAGGCAAAAUCGAAAGAAAAAGGGAAGAACGCCAGCGAAGAGAUCUGGUAGAAGAAGGCAAUAUCGAAAGAAAAAGGGACGAACGCCAGCGAGGAGAUCUGGUAGAAGAAGGCAAAAUCGAAGGAAAAAGGGAAGAACGCCAGCGAGGAGAUCUGGUAGAAGAAGGCAAAAUCGAAGGAAAAAGGGAAGAACGCCAGCGAAGAGAUCUGGUAAAAGAAGGCAAAAUCGAAGGAAAAAGGGAAGAACGCCAGCGAGGAGAUCUGGUAGAAGACGGCAAAAUCGAAGGAAAAAGGGAAGAACGCCAGCGAAGAGAUCUGGUAAAAGAAGGCAAAAUCGACGGAAAAAGGGAAGAACGCCAGCGAGGAGAUCUGGUAGAAGAAGGCAAAAUCGAAGGAAAAAGGGAAGAACGCCAGCGAGGAGAUCUGGUAGAAGAAGGCAAAAUCGAAGGAAAAAGGGAAGAACGCCAGUGAGGAGAUCAGGUAAAAGAAGGCAAAAUCGAAGGAAAAAGGGAAGAACGCCAGCGAGGAGAUCUGGUAAAAGAAGGCAAAAUCGAAGGAAAAAGGGAAGAACGCCAGUGAGGAAAUCAGGUAAAAGAAGGCAAAAUCGAAGGAAAAAGGGAAGAACGCCAGCGAGGAAAUCAGGUAAAAGAAGGCAAAAUCGAAGGAAAAAGGGAAGAACGCCAGCGAGGAGAUCUGGUAAAAGAAGGCAAAAUCAAAAGAAAGGGAGAAAAGGAAAUUCUGUGAAAAGAAGAAAACCUAACAGAAAAAAUAGCAGAAAAGUUAAAAGAAAACGGAUUCCGAAGCGUGAAAAUAAGAAACCCAGGAAAUCUACCACAUUUAAGAAGAAACCAUUAUAUGAAAAAUAUAAUAAAGGAAAACAAACUUCAAGUCGUAAAACAAUAUCAACCGGAAGUAAAAGAAAACAGACACGAACAGUCUUGACACCUAUUAAAAUAACACUAUACAAUGAUAAUAAAAGUAAAACAAGCGAUAAAAAGGGAGCUAAGGCACCGAAAUCGAAUCGAAAACAGGAGGAAGAAUUGAAAUUACUCCAUCAAAUACUUGACUUAGAAAAGGGUAAAAAACAAAAGGUGGGAAAGAUAAAGUUAAAUGUGAAAAGUAAAAAGGUUAAUCCAAAAGUCAUUACAAAAAUUCCAAAGUCCAAGGGUAAAUCAGAGUCAUCGAAGGCAUUAGAAACAUCACAGCCCGUCAAGGGAAAUGAAAAUGAUGGUUUUGGUCUGUCUAACAUUAUACCUAAAAACAGCUUCCUCAUGUCGCGAGGAUCACCAGGGGUCGUGACUGUUGAUUUAACCACACUUGCUGUCCUACUAACUGCUGUUUUCUUAUUAAGUUAAAAAAACAUAGAAUAACAUUCAAAAUCACUGAAAAUAUUUGUAAAUAAACAUAAUAAUUUUU